UUUCAGAAGCUGCUCAGCCGCCUUUCACACCAGACCCUCCUCAGCCUGAGCGAGGAACCGUGAGGAGCACGCGCCCAGGUCUCAGUUCUCCACCUCAGGACUUCUAACAGACCCUCAGUCCUUCAGAGAGUCAGCAGGACUUCAGUAAACUCCGCACAACUUCAACGAGUGGAGCGGAGUUACAGCUCACAGCUCCUCCAUGACUGAGAAACACUGCAGGGUCAACACAGCGUGCUGAUAACCAGGAUUGACUUUGGGAAGUAAAAGAGCAUCUUGAAGAGAUGCUCACUAUACUGCUGUUGUUUUGCUGUGCCCUGGCAAACGCAGCUAUUAAGGAGCCUGACCAAGCCCAUGGCUGCACCCAUGGAAGUUGCUACCCAGCUACUGGUGACCUCCUGGUUGGUCGAGAGAAGAACCUGAAAGCCUCAUCUACCUGUGGUCUCACCAGGAGAGAGCCCUACUGCAUUGUCAGUCACCUACAGGAGGAGAAGAAAUGUUUCCAGUGUGAUUCACGCCGACCGUACGAUCCUCAGUACAACAUCAUCAGUCACCGCAUCGAGAAUGUAAUCACCACCUUCAGACCGGACCGCAAGAAGUGCUGGUGGCAGUCUGAGAAUGGAAAGUCGGACGUUUACAUUCAGUUGGACCUUGAAGCAGAGUUUCACUUCACUCACCUCAUCAUGACUUUUAAGACAUUCCGUCCUGCAGCCUUGUUAAUUGAGCGUUCAGCGGAUUUUGGACGCACCUGGCAAGUGUACCGCUACUUCGCCUACGACUGUGCCUCGGUCUUCCCUGGGAUUUCUCCGGGUCCCCUCCGCAAGGUUGAUGAUGUCAUCUGUGAGUCACGUUAUUCCGACAUUGAGCCGUCCACAGAGGGAGAGGUUAUAUUUAGAGUUCUGGACCCUGCUAUCCGCAUUGAAGACCCAUACAGCCCACGUAUUCAAAAUCAAUUAAAAAUCACCAACUUGCGUGUAAACUUCACCAGUCUCCACACCCUGGGUGAUAACCUGCUGGACUCACGGCUAGAGAUCAAGGAGAAGUACUACUAUGCUAUGUAUGAGCUGGUUGUCAGGGGCAACUGCUUCUGCUAUGGUCAUGCCUCUGAGUGUGCACCCAUCCAGGGGAUCAGAGAUGACAUCGAGGGCAUGGUGCACGGGAGGUGCGUGUGCAAGCACAAUACAAAAGGGCUGAACUGUGAGCAGUGUGAUGAUUUCCAUAAUGAACACCCCUGGAAACCAGCUGAGGGCCGCAACACCAACGCCUGCAAAAAGUGCAACUGCAACGCUCACUCCAGUAAGUGUCACUUUGACAUGGCGGUGUAUCUGUCCACUGGGAACGUUAGCGGAGGUGUUUGUGACAAUUGUCUUCACAACACCAUGGGACGCAACUGUGAGACCUGCAAACCCUUCUAUUAUCAGGACCCGUCCAAAGAUAUCAGAGACCCUCGGGUCUGCAUAGCUUGUGACUGUGACCCAGACGGCUCUGUGAACGGCGGGAUGUGUGACGGGCAUGACGACCCCUCUCUUGGUAUGAUUGCGGGACAGUGCCGCUGUAAGCAGAAUGUGGAAGGCAGUCGCUGUGACAAAUGCAAGCCUGGUUUCUUUGGGCUGAGUCCUGAUGACCCUCUUGGCUGUCAGCCAUGUAAGUGUGACCCCAGAGGAACACUGUCAGGCAGUUCUCAGUGUGACCCUGUGAAGGGGGACUGCUUCUGCAAGCGUCUGGUCACAGGCCGCAGCUGCAACCAGUGCCUGCCAGAGCACUGGGCUUUAAGCCAUGAUGCCAGCGGCUGCAGAGCAUGUGACUGUGACGUAGGGGGAGCUGUAGACAACCAGUGCUCAAUGGAAUCAGGCCAUUGUCUCUGCCGCAGUCAUAUGGUAGGCCGCCAAUGUAGCCAAGUGGAGUCUGGGUAUUUCUUCAUGGCCUUGGACUACUACCUGUAUGAGGCUGAACUAGCCAAACUGGGACAGGGUUGUACUGUUGAAGAGAAGGAGCACCAGCCAGGUCAUGUAGCCUCGUGGACCGGCACUGGGUUUGCACGAGCUCCUGAAGGAGGCACUUUGGAGUUUAUCAUCAACAACAUCCCUUACUCAAUGGAGUAUGAUGUUCUCAUUCGUUAUGAACUCCAGAUGCCACGGGACUGGGAGGAAGUCCGUGUAACUGUGGUUAGACCUGGUCCAAUCCCCACCAGUAGCCCAUGUGGAAACACCAUUCCUGCAGAUGAUCUACUUACUGUCUCCAUGCCCUCUGGAUCUAGGUUCAUGGUUCUGCCCCAACCUGUGUGCUUGGAAAAAGGAAUCAGAUACACUCUGCGCCUGGAGUUUGUCCGCUAUGCUGACAAAAACAGCAUUCCCAGCUUCAGCAAUGCAAACAUACUAAUAGACUCUAUCGCCCUGCUCCCCCGUCACACCUCUCUGGAGAUGUUUGUAGUCGGUGACCCCGCCUCUCUGGCUCGUAAGCAGAGUUAUGAACGUCACAGAUGUCACGAGACUGCAAAGAGUGUGACCCGUCCAGCUUUGACCGACGCGUGUGCCAAGCUCAUCUCCAGCAUGUCAGCCAUUAUUAUUGAUGGAGCACUGCCUUGCGAGUGUGAUCCACAGGGUUCUGUCAGCUCUGAGUGUGAUGUGCGUGGAGGUCAGUGCCGGUGUAGGCCAAACAUAAUCGGAAGGCGCUGUGAUCAGUGUGCUCCAGGAACAUACGGCUUUGGACCUUCAGGAUGUAGAUUGUGUGAGUGUAGUCAGGAAGGCUCUCGUGGUCGUUUCUGUGAUGAGAAUACGGGACAGUGUCCGUGUCUGCCGGGCGCAUUCGGUCAGCGCUGUGACGGCUGCCAGGCUGGACACUGGGGCUUCCCUAACUGCAGGCCGUGUCAGUGUAACGGUCAUGCAGAUGAGUGUCACCAGAGGACCGGAGCCUGUCUAAGCUGCAGGAGUAACACAGCAGGAGACAAGUGUGAAAAGUGUGCCAGUGGAUUCUAUGGAAAUCCAAUCUUGGGCUCAGGAAACCAGUGCCGUCCUUGCCCUUGUCCAGAGGGACCCAACAGUGGACGUCACUUUGCUGCCUCCUGUUAUCAAGACAACCACAACAGACAGGUGGUCUGCAACUGUAAACAGGGCUACACAGGGAUUGUUAAGUGCUCAGGAGGGACAGUCUUUAAGCGUGUGCGCUGUGAGGAAUGUGCUCCUGGUUAUUAUGGUAAUCCGUCUCAGCCUGGUGGCCGGUGCCAGCCCUGCCGCUGCAGCAACAACAUCGACCUGUCAGACCCUGAGGCGUGUGACAGGAGGACUGGACAGUGUCGCAAAUGCCUCUACAACACAGAGGGGUCUGACUGCAGCAUCUGCAAGAGUGGCUAUUAUGGGGAUGGCUCUCGUCGCAACUGCAGGAAGUGCACCUGCAACUUCCUUGGUACUGAGCGCAGUCAGUGUCUAUCCCGAGAGGAGUGCCUGUGUCAGCGUCCCACAGGACAGUGUCAGUGUCUACCUAAUGUCGUUGGGCUCACCUGUGACCACUGCGCCCCAAACUACUGGAACCUGGCCGGUGGUCAAGGCUGUGAAUCCUGUGGAUGUGACCCCAAUAAUGCCUACACAUCCGCAUGCAAUGAGUUCACAGGUCAGUGUCAGUGCCGUGACGGCUUUGGUGGAAGGACUUGUAGGGACUGCCAAGAGAACUUCUGGGGAGAUCCCAGAAUCCUGUGCAGAGCUUGUGACUGUGACCGUAGGGGCAUUGAGACCUCUCAGUGUAACCGUGUGACAGGCCACUGCGCUUGCCGGCAGGGCGUAUCUGGUGUCCGCUGUGAUCAGUGUGCCCGUGGCUUCUCAGGCACUUUCCCAGCCUGCCAGCCUUGCCACCAGUGUUUCGGGGAUUGGGACCGCAUCGUCCAGGACCUAGCCACUAAAACAAAAGCUCUUGCAGCCCGCUCUCAGGAGAUCCAAACCACAGGCAUGACUGGACCCUUCGAGAAGAGAUUCAAGGAGCUGGAAGAAAAGCUGGCCCAAGCACAGAGCAUUGUGAAUGCACGCAAUGCGACUGCUGAGGCUGUGACUAAUCUAAUGGGCAUGAUUGAAGAGCUCAGGUCUCGUAUUGGUGAGACGACAGACACACUCAACCGUCUGGAGGGAGAUCUGACUGCUGUGCAGGACAGCAACUACGAGGCCAGCAAUGAAUUGAGUAAACUGGAGCGUGAGGCCAAAGAGCUCAACCUAACUUCUGAGCAGCUGAACCACCAGCUAGACAUCCUCAAAAACUCAAACUUCUUGGGUGCAUAUGACAGCAUCCGUGCCUCCUACAACAAGUCUCGAGAUGCAGAGCGCCGUGCCAAUCAGUCAACCACUGAUACCCCUAGCACCGUCAGCCAAUCAGCAGGCACCCGCAAGAAGACCGAGCGACUCAUUGCAGAGAAGAAAGAUGACUUCAACCGCAAGAACGCUGCAAACAAGCGAGCCCUCACUGACCUGAACGCAAAAGCGCAGGGUCUUGACAUAAAGAAGCUCAAUGAGAAGGUUUGUGGAGCUUCACAUGAUGUCCCGUGUGAAGAGAGCCCCUGCGGUGGCGUUGGUUGUCGAGAUGAUGAUGGCAGACACUGUGGUGGACUGAACUGCAAUGGAGCUGUUGCAGCAGCUGAUAAUGCGCUGGACAGAUCUAAGCAGGCAGAGAAGGAGCUUAUUAAAGCCAUGGGAGAAGUGGAAGCACUCUUUAAACAGGUGGCAGAUGCAAAGACAAAGGCUCAGGAGGCCAAGGACAAAGCUCAGGCUGCUCUUCAAAAGGCCAGUGAUACCAAGAAGAAAGUGGAGCGCUCCAACAAUGACUUGCGUGACCUGAUCAAACAGAUACGUGGCUUCCUUAUGCAGGAGGGGGCUGACCCUGACAGCAUUGAAGCAGUGGCCAAUCGGGUUCUUGAGCUGUCCAUCCCAGCCUCGCCCCAGCAGAUCAGACACCUAGCUAACGAGAUUAAAGAUCGUGUGAGGAGUCUAUCCAACGUGGACGCCAUUCUGCAGCAGACACAAGAUGACGUUCGCAAAGCUGAGCAGUUGUUGGUGGAGGCCAGAAAAGCCAGGAAUAAGGCAGACAGAGCGAAGAACACAGCAGACAAUGUGAAACAGGCACUGGACGAUUCUCGUAAGGCUCAGGAAGCUGCUGAGAAGGCCAUAAAGAGGGCCAAGGAUGACAUUGGCAUGACUGAAAAUCGUCUAGCUGAGAUUCAGUCAGAAACCUCAGCUAGUGAAAAGGAUCUAAAUGAAGCCAUGGACAAACUGGAUAGUCUGGGCCGUCAGAUAGAUGCCUUGAAGGCCAAACGGGCCAACAACAGCCUGGUAGCAGCACAAGCUGAAGGGACUGCUAAUGGAGCACAGGGCAAGGCUAAUGAAGCAAAGCAGAUUCUGGAUGGGGAACUUACAGAUAAGUACCGCACUGUUCAGGAUCUGGUAGGCAGGAAAGCGAAUGCAGUGAAAGACGCCAAGAAAAAAGCUGAGCAGCUGAGAGAUGAAGCAAAGCAGCUGCUUAAGGAUGCACAGGACAAACUGCAGAGACUGGCAGAACUUGAGAAAAACUAUGAGAAGAAUCAGAAGAUGCUGGAGGGAAAAGCCAAUCAGCUAGAUGGUCUGGAGGACAAAAUGAAAGCCAUUCUGAAUGCCAUCAACAGGCAAAUCCAGAUCUACAAUACAUGCCAGUAAACUGCUAGAAGACUUCUGGACCGUUGUCACAUUGUAACAAUUCAGGCUCCAAGAACAUAUGGAGGAUACCAGACUGGCACUAGUAAUUGGUGUGUUUGCAUAUCUACCAAAAAACACCUAUUCUUAUAAUCUGUUCAUUGUAAUAGUGAGCUGGAAUUAUUUAAUUGUAUUGUUUAGCGGACAUGAUGCAGAGGAUGCAUCACUUAAAGAAGAAUUUUAUAUUGGAUCAGUUUUUAAAGAGGAGAGGGUUAAGGAAAACACCCCAGAUGUUACCAAAUCAGACACACUGUUCACCUUCAAAGGUCUUCUUUAGAAUCUGGUCCAGAUUUAGCUGAUUAAGGUUCAAACUAAACUCACUAGCAAGGCAGCUCCACACUGUUCAUUCUAACUACCUAUAGAAGUACUUCUCCAGCUCUUGACGCCAAACACCUGUCAUGGAACAUUUAAGGGAUGUGUUGAAAUGGGAAUUAUGGGCAAAUGCUGAAAUCCAAAGUACUACAUUAUGUAUCAUUGUUUCAGUAUUACACAGAAUCAUCAAAAGAAUCCUUUUUUAACACAGUUGCCCAGUGUCUUCUACUCAGUCACCUCUGUACACUUCUGGAGUACAAGAAACGCGUCAUUAAAUUCAAUGGUUUGAAAUGCUGUAUUAAUCUAGCAAUGUAAUGAUGUACCUGUGAAUAAUUUGAAACUUGUUGGACUGGGUGCUGCUGAAAACACUGGAAGUCACAGUUUGAUUGUUUCAAUAAUAUAUUUUUAUUAUAAAAGUCUGUUUCUCUCAUUUCAUUAAGUUUACAGAUUCAUAUUAAGCACUUAGGCUACAUUCAAACAGCAGGUAACAAGCAGGUAAUUGACCCAAAUCUUUUUCAAAUCUGAUUUGAGUCAUUUUCAUAUGUCAUAUUGAAAUCUUGAUUACAUCAGUCUUACUCAACUUUCUUCAUUAAUGUUCUGAAAAGAACGUAAAAUGGGUCAUAUGAGCAUUGCUGUCCUGAUCAAUUUUUAUAUAAUUCAUACAAACUUCAAAUAUUCGGUUACAUUAAAAUGAUUGUGUAAACGGACUAAAUAAAACAGAUUUGGUGAGCACAUUAAAUUUUAGCCACUUUACCUGCUGUGUGGACAUAACCUUAGGGAUGGUUUCACAGAGCCAGAUCAAUUCUAAACUACAUAAACUGGUUAAUGAAGAAACAUCAAUUGCUAGAUGUAAUCCAUAUCUGAGAAACCAGCCAUAAUGCCAUGUUAGAUCUUUCAGUUGUAGCUGUAAGUUUAAAUCAAACUGGUAUAAUGAAGCACAGAAGUUUUCAUCGUUUGUUUUAUUGUGUUUUUGUGUAAAUACAGUCUGUUUACACUGGUGUUGCUAGUAAAGAGGUACUGAAGUCUGACAUCAA